CCGGAAAAGGAAAAAAAAGCGUGAGACCGACCCGACGCCGUCUUCCCUCGCUCGCUUGUAGCCUGCUGUCAUCCUGUACUCUCCUCUCGUCUCCUCGUGCCGCUUCUCCUACCUCCCUUGCGCCGAGCUCGCCACCUCCCGCCCUUUUUAAACCACCACCCCUGCCAAUUUUACUUGCCUCCCAACCACCGCUUGCUGCCGCUGCCUAGUGCCUAGUUACUCCACCGCUUAGAUAGCUUGCUACGACACGGCGCGACACGAGGCUAGCUAGAGGGAAUUCAAGGUGGGAAGUGUUGGCUUCUUCGAUGGGGUCGUCCGCGGAUCACGGCGGCGCCGGCGGGAGGGCCAAGAAGCAGGGGUCGCAGCUGUGGAAGAAGGCGUUGCUGCAUUCCUGCCUCUGCUUCGUCAUGGGCUUCUUCACCGGCUUCGCCCCGUCGUCCGUUUCCGACUGGACGUCCGCGGCGGUCUCGGCGGGCGGGGUCGGGACCAGCCACGUGGUCAGGGCGCUGCAAACGGCGGCGGGAGGGGCCGUGAACCGGAGCCUGCUGGCGCAGGACGCGGUCGGCGGUGCGGGCGUGGGUGACGCGGCGGCGUCCCCGCGGCCGUUGCUGGUGCUUGUCACGACGACGGAGUCGAUGCGGGCUGGCGAGCGUGCGGCGGCGCUGACGAGGAUGGCGCACACGCUGCGGCUGGUGGCGCCGCCGCUGCUGUGGGUGGUGGUGGAGGCCGCCCCAGACGUGCCGGCGACGGCGCGGCUGCUGCGCGCCACGGGGCUCAUGUACCGCCACCUGACGUACAAGGACAACUUCACGGCCGCCGACGCCGCCGCGGGCAAGGAGCGGCACCACCAGCGCUACGUCGCUCUCGGGCACAUCGAGCGCCACCGCCUCUCUGGCGUCGUCCUCUUCGCCGGCCUCGGCGACGCGUUCGACCUCAGGUUCUUCGACGAGCUCCGGCAAAUCAGCACGUUCGGUGCGUGGCCGGUGGCGACGAUGUCGCGGGACGAGAGGAAGGUCGUCGUCCGGGGCCCCGCGUGCAGCUCGUCCGCGGUCACCGGCUGGUUCUCCUGGGACUUCAGCAACGACACCGCGGCCGCGGCCUCCGCGGCGAGGCCCCGCGAGGUGGACGUCCACGGCUUCGCCUUCAACAGCUCCGUGCUCUGGGACCCCGAGCGCUGGGGCCGCUACCCGACCUCCGAGCCCGACAAGUCCCAGGACUCGAUGAAGUUCGUGCAAGAAGUGGUUCUGGAAGAUUUUAGCAAGGUGAAGAGAAUUCCUUCCGAUUGUUCGGAGGUCAUGGUAUGGCAUGUCGAUACGAUGGCGCCUUCUUCUUCCUCGCAAAUGUCUCUGCGGAACAAGAGGAGAUAGAGGGGUGAGUGAUAGAAGAGAACGGAGGAGCUGGAGGACUGGAGUGGUGCACAUUGUACAUGCAUGAUUACACCACCAAGAUGUUAAUCUUCCUGCUAGCUGCAAAGAAGGAAAAUUUUUGUUUUUCUCACCAGGGGAUGGAUCAACGUCUGCCCCCACUUCAUCAUAAUGUACAAUUUUACACUAUUCUUUUUUAUAAUUGUGAUAUAUGUAUAAUUUCUUCUUUUCUUUUUAUUCAAGAGGGUUUAGGUGAAUACAUAAUACCCGCUUGAAGUGUCUCUCAAGGCUGUAAUGAAUAGGCAAGCUAAAAAUCUACUUAACAAUGAAUACAUACAUAAUACAUUGCUUUUUUUUUUC